GACGUCCCGUCAGAAAACCCUUGAGCUGCUCGGCGGCGCGGCUGCGGCUCUGCCUCGGCGCAACAGAUAUGUGACUUUGGUCGAGUUACUUUACCUCGCUGUGCUGCAGUUUCCUGUGUAAAACGGAGAAGAUAACUGUUACUUGACUUGAGAAUGGGGAAAUAAAAGGAAUAAAGGCCAACCCCACUUUGAGGGGCUAUGACAUAAUGCCAGGAAGAGGGAGUUGAAGUGACCUGCGUGAUUCUGAGUGAGCUGGUCAGGGAGGCCUUCCUGGAGGAGGCUCAGGCUCCAAAGGAGUGGCUACCACGACAUACCAAGUUAUUUCCAGGGUUGGGCCCAGCACUAGCACUGACUCAGCCGGGGUCCCCACUGGUUCCCAAGGAUGAGACUGCUCCGCAGACGCCACUUGUCCCUGCGCCUGGCCGUGGUGGGCAGUGCCUUUGUGCUCUUCCUCUUCAUCCUGCAGAGGGAUGUAAGCAGUAGGGAACAGGCCACAGAGAAACCAUGGCUGAAGUCCUUGGUGAGCCAGAAGGACCACGUCCUGGACCUCAUGCUGGGAGCCGUGAACAACCUUAAGGAUUCGAUGCCCAAGCUCCAGAUCAGGGCUCCGGAGCCUCAGGAGGCACUGGUCUCCACAAACAAGUCCUGCCUCCCUGGGUUCUAUACCCCAGCUGAACUGAAGCCCUUCUGGGAACGGCCACCACAGGACCCAAACAGCCCUGGGGCGGACGGGAAAGCAUUUCAGAAGGACAAGUGGACCCCCCUGGAGACCCAGGAAAAGGAAGAAGGCUAUAAGAAGCACUGCUUCAACGCCUUUGCCAGCGACCGGAUCUCCCUGCAGAGGGCCCUGGGGCCAGACACUCGACCCCCCGAGUGUGUCGACCAGAAGUUUCGGCGCUGCCCGCCACUGCCCACCACCAGUGUCAUCAUUGUGUUUCACAACGAGGCCUGGUCCACACUGCUGCGAACCGUGUACAGUGUCCUGCAUGCCACCCCUGCCAUCCUGCUGAAGGAGAUCAUACUGGUGGAUGAUGCUAGCACUGAGGAGUAUUUAAAGGAGCAACUGGAGCAGUACGUGAAGCAGCUGCAGAUCGUGAGGGUGGUGCGGCAGGAGGAGAGGAAGGGGCUGAUCACAGCCCGGCUGCUGGGAGCCAGCGUGGCACAGGCCGAGGUGCUCACCUUCCUGGAUGCCCACUGUGAGUGCUUCCAUGGCUGGUUGGAGCCCCUCCUAGCUCGCAUCACCGAGGAUGAGACAGCGGUGGUGAGCCCAGACAUCGUCACCAUUGACCUUAACACUUUUGAGUUCUCUAAACCUGUCCAGAAGGGCAGAGUCCAUAGCCGUGGCAACUUUGACUGGAGCCUGACUUUCGGCUGGGAGACUUUACCUACACAUGAAAGGCAGAGGCGCAAGGAUGAGACCUACCCAAUCAAAUCCCCGACGUUUGCUGGUGGCCUCUUCUCCAUCUCCAAGUCCUACUUUGAGCACAUCGGUACCUAUGAUAAUCAGAUGGAGAUCUGGGGAGGGGAGAACGUGGAAAUGUCCUUCCGGGUGUGGCAGUGUGGGGGCCAGCUGGAGAUCAUCCCCUGCUCUGUGGUAGGCCACGUGUUCCGUACCAAGAGCCCCCACACCUUCCCCAAGGGCACCAAUGUCAUUGCUCGCAACCAAGUGCGCCUGGCUGAGGUCUGGAUGGACGACUACAAGGAGCUUUUCUAUCGGAGAAACAUACAGGCAGCAAAAAUGGCCCAAGAGAAAUCCUUCGGUGACAUUUCUGAACGACUGCAGCUAAGGGAACAACUACACUGUCGUAACUUUUCCUGGUACCUGCACAAUGUCUACCCAGAGAUGUUUGUUCCUGACCUGAAGCCCAUCUUCUACGGAGCUAUAAGGAACCUUGGCAUCAGUCAGUGCCUGGAUGUGGGGGAGAACAACCGUGGAGGGAAGCCCCUCAUCAUGUACCCCUGCCAUGGCCUUGGUGGCAACCAGUACUUUGAGUACACAACCCAGAGGGACCUUCGCCACAACAUUGCAAAGCAACUGUGUCUACACGCCAGCGCCGGCACUGUGGGCCUCAGGGGCUGCCACUUCACUGGCAAAAACAGCCAAGUCCCUACAGAUGAGGAAUGGGUAUUGACCCAGGACCAGCUCAUCAGGAAUUUAGGAUCUGGUACCUGCCUGACGUCCAAGGACAAAAAGCCAGUCAUGGCCUCCUGCGAUCCCAGUGACCCCCACCAGCACUGGCUCUUCAUCUAGACUGCAGAUCAUCCCCUGUGGGAGUUCCCACAAGCCUCUCAGGAAACAGUGCUUUGGGGACCCUGGUGUUUGGGAACCCAAUCACCAGCUUCUCUGUAGGCCUUAAAGAUGGAGUUCUAAACCUAAUUUUGGAUGUCAAGGCAGGACCUUCCUACUUCUUACAACAACGUUUGGCCCGUUUUCUUUACAUUGAUGGAAGAGACUGUAAGAACACAUAACACUUGGCCUAGAGCUUUCCUUCUGUCCUGGACAUGGAGACUUCCAAAGCAGAGAAAGCUCCAGGGAUGGGGCCCAAGGCAGCAAUGCUGAAUUCAAGAAGAGGACUUCUGCAGCCAUGUGCUGUGUCCCUGGUCAUGUAGAGCGCCCGCGGAAUCCAGUGAUGUAGUUUAUGCUAACAGAGUUCCCUCUGUUAGGGGUCUUAAGAGUGUUUCCUUUGCUUAUAGUACCCCAAGUCUGUAGAGCCGUUUACCAAAAAUGCCCUAACAGGAAUCCUUUCUCUUCAUCUGCACAAUAACUGUGUGAGAAAGGCGGGGCAGGAACGGCACACCCACUUUACAGACAAGAAAGCUGAGGCUGAGAGGGGUAAAGGAUGUUCUCUAGUCCCACAACUGGUGGAUGGCUGGAGCCAAAACUGAGGCUUGAUUUUGAGCACUCAACCACGGCGCCUUCCACCGCACCACAAGAACACUAGACAACUAGCCACUGGCCUGCCCCUUCUCUCUUUGCUCCUUUCUCAUCAUUUCCAGCUGACCGGUCUCCAUAAAGCUUAGAACAGUGGAGCCAGGUAGCCAUGAAGGAGAGAGACUAUAAAGGUCAUGGAGCCAGUGACUCUCAGGUUUAGGCCCCAGAGCCCUUUUUUCUAUGCCCCGUGUAUAAUGUAAUAAAAGGCAAAGUAGCCAUGGGUGAAAUUGAGGGCGGACAAGGGCAAUGCCCCUGAACUUCUAACAUUCUGUAAGACAAUUUGAAAACUGUCAUCUCGGUGCAGGCUUAUCAUUUUCCUAUUAUGAAACUGAGGGCAAAUAAGUGAAGUAAUUUGCCCAAGGCCACACAGCCAGUCAUUGGCAACCCUGAGGCAAGGACCCAGAUAAGGCCCACAGGAGCCUUGGGAAGUGUGAGGGAUCAGGGACAGCGUAUACUCAAACACGACUGCACGGACUGGCCUUGUCUGCUGUACUCACGUGAAGUCCCACACAGAACGGUCCUGACAGUACGUGUCAGCUCUUUUCCAAGCAAGUUGGACUCCACACACAUGGACACACAAGUCCUUCCAGAAGGUCUUCUCACUUUCAGUAGCAAGUUGUCAUCUAAGGCAUCACCACGUGAGGGUGCCAUGGGACCAUAGCUGCCUCUCCUUCCCAGCAGCUCUUUCCCGCAGGAGGGCUCCUAGCUCCCUGAAGAGCCUUCAGGACCCUGUAGAGGGAACACUCUGAAGUAGCCCAGCCAAAGGGAGAAGGCAGAGCAUAGCCUCUCCCAGGAUGUGGCCUGGAGUGGGGAAGGGGAAAGGUCUUUUCCUGAAAGAGAAGAGAAUUGGGCGUGAGAUCCACAGGGAAAUAAAGGUUUUAUGAUGUU